CGACUGUCCACCUCAACUCAACUCCAUUUCUUUGACUGCUGCCUUGUGACUUUCAGCAUUGCUUUUGCGGAAACCAGCACACUCCCGUCCACCAUGUCUGCAUCCACCCCUGAAUUACCCCGCGUGCGGGCAUGUCUCUUCGACAUGGACGGCCUCCUCAUCGACUCGGAGGACAUCUACACCGAGAUCACCAACACGGUGCUGCAGGAGUACGGCAAACCGUUACUUCCGUGGUCGAUCAAGGCCCAGCUGCAGGGCCGUCCUGCCCCGGAGGCAGGCCGGAUCUUCCACGACUGGGCGCAACUCCCGAUCACGCAAGACGAAUACAUCGCCAAAAUCACCGCGCUGCAACUCGCGCGCUUCCCCACCACCAAGCCGCUGCCCGGCGUAAAACACCUGCUGGAGACGCUGGUCGCCACGCAAUCCACCGCAUCCCCCGUCCACAUCGCGCUGGCCACCUCCUCACACGCCCGAAACUUUCACCUCAAGUCCUCCCACCUGGGCCAGUUGUUCGCCGCCUUCCCGGAGCACCAGCGCGUCCUGGGCGACGAUCCGCGCAUCGGGCGGGGGCGCGGGAAACCCCUUCCGGAUAUCUAUCUGCUCGCGCUGGAGACGAUCAAUGCCGGGUUGCGGGCCCGCGGGGAGAGGGAAAUCACGCCCGCCGAGUGUUUGGUGUUUGAGGAUGCGGUGCCCGGCGUCGAGGCCGGGCGGCGCGCGGGGAUGCAGGUGGUUUGGGUGCCGCAUCCCGGGCUGCUGGAGGCGUAUGCCGGGCGCGAGGAGGAGGUGUUGGCGGGGCUGACGGGGGAGCAUAAGGAGGAGGAGAAGGGGGAGGCCGAGAAGGAGGCCGAGGAGUUGGUCGCGGAGCGCGAGGGCCAGCGCCAGGAUAAUGGGAAUGGCACGCCGGGGAAGUUGGGCGAUGGGUGGGGGGUCUUGCUGUCCUCGCUGGAGGAUUUCCCCUACGAGCGGUUUGGGAUCGUGCCUGCUUCUGCUCCUGGUGCUACUCAGUAGAUUCUUGGGUGUUGUACUAACGAGUCGGAUUCUGGUCGGAUCUUAGCUGAAGAGCUAAAACCAGGGCCAGGGCCAGAUCUACGCAGCGGCGCGGAGAGUGGGGUUUGUCAGCUUUGCAUUAAAUAAUAAUUGCAUCAAAAACGAAAAAAAAAAUAACAACAAAAGGUAUCUCUGC